CCGUCAGAUCUCGGCUGCACUCAGGGUCGCGCCGGGGGGGAGUAGGGGAGCGUGGGAGGCAGCGGCCACGCUCUGGCAGGGACGCUAGAUUGGCGGCUCAUGUGUGGUGUGUGUGUGUCUGACCUGCCUCGCGCAGCUCAGGAGAAGGGAUUCACUAGGCUGGGGUGCCUCUUUUGGAGGUGAGGACUGGCUGAGGUCUGUGACCAUGAAGGUCAAAGUCAUCCCGGUACUUGAGGACAACUACAUGUACCUGAUCAUUGAGGAGCACACACGGGAGGCAGUGGCUGUGGACGUGGCUGUGCCCAAGAGGCUGCUGGAAAUUGCAGGCCGCGAGGGGGUGUCUCUGACCACGGUGCUGACCACCCAUCACCACUGGGACCACACACGUGGAAAUGCGGAGCUGGUGCACCUGCGGCCGGGACUGGCGGUGAUGGGAGCAGAUGAGCGCAUCUGUGCGCUAACCCGCAGGCUGGCACAUGGGGAGGAGCUUCGGUUUGGGGCCAUCCAUGUACGAUGCCUCUUGACGCCGGGCCACACCUCUGGCCACAUGAGCUACUUCCUGUGGGAGGAUGAAUGCCCGGACCCACCAGCUCUCUUCUCUGGGGAUGCUCUGUCAGUGGCAGGCUGUGGCUGGUAUCUGGAGGAUACUGCACAGCAGAUGUACCAGAGCUUGACCAAGAUCCUGGACACCCUGCCACCCCAGACGAAGGUGUUCUGUGGUCACGAGCAUACACUGAACAAUCUUGAAUUUGCGCAUAAAGUGGAGCCCUGCAACGACCAUGUGCGAGCUAAGCUGUCCUGGGCCCAGAAGAGAGAUGAUGAUGAUAUACCUACUGUGCCUUCGACACUGGGUGAGGAGCUCUUGUACAACCCUUUCCUGAGGGUAACAGAGGAUCCAGUGCGUGAGUUCACAGGCCAGGUGGCACCAGCCCAGGUCCUGGAGGUACUCUGCAGGGAGCGAGCACGCUUCCAGCUUGCUUUGGAACCACCGCAGCCCCAGGUUCGGGCGCUCCUGGCCUUGCAGUGGGGGCUUCUGAGUACACCCCAGGAAAAAUGAGCCAUGUGGGGAGGCUGCUUGUCUCCACACCCCUUCUCCUGAUCUCAAGCUGACUGGAACCCUGGCCUCCAGAACAUUCCUCUGAGGCCCUGCCACCCCGCUUUAAAGAACCAGCAAAUGGUGCUUUCCUUGUCUCUACUGCUCAGGGGGCCAGACAGGCGGACUCUCUGGAGGAGCUGUUGUGGGCCCUGAGACAUACAUGUCUGGGGGCCGAGAAGAGUGAAUAAACUUUGAAAGGUCCAGUGUGGUGCCAGACACACAGGAGAUGCUUCCA